AUUGCAUUGAAUAUAUUGUUGUUGUUGUUGUGAACUUGACAGAAACAGUGUAAAAAAAAUACUUUAACUCCAACUUCCAUCAAAUCUUAACUAAUGCGACACAAAAAAAAAAAAAAAAAAAAAUUACAGCACCACAUAUAGCAAGACGAUAUAAAAAAUAACAGAAAUUGUACCUCAAAUAUCUGCAUCAGAUUAUAGAAAUUUAAAAAAAAUAACAAAAAUUACAAUAAUUGUACCUCUUCCGCUAAUUUCCUCACUUUUUUAAUAGCUUCCGUUAAAUCAAACAAACAUAGUAUGGUAAUUACUAGAUGGAGACUAGAAAUGUUAACUUUGAAGACCAAAACCAUACAGUGGACCAUAGGGACCAUGGUGGCUUUUAAAUAGCCUUCUCUGUCCCCCUUAAAACUAGUAAAUAUUACUUGAGAAAGAGUUGUGAUAUGGAGAAAAUUUUAAAGAAGCAUUUUAUUCUAGUUCAUGGAUUUUGCCUUGGUGCUUGGUGUUGGUACAAACUUAUCACACUUCUUGAAAAAUCAGGUCACAAAGUUACUGCUUUAGACCUUGGUGCUUGUGGGAUCAAUAUGAAACAACUCAAGGAAAUUGGUUCAAUAUCUGAUUAUGUUCAACCAUUGAUGGAUUUUAUGGUCUCUUUGCCAAAUGAUGAAAAGGUUAUUUUGGUAGGUCAUAGCUAUGGUGGCCUUUGCAUUUCUCUUGCCAUGGAAGCCUUUCCUCAGAAAAUUUCAGCAGCAAUUUUCAUCUCUGCUUAUAUGCCCAAUCAUAUAGAUCCUCCUGCAUUUCUUAUUCAAGAGUACUUCAGGAGAACUUCAAUGGAGUCGCUCAUGGAUUGUCAAUUUACAUUCGAUAAAGGAAUGGAAAAUAAACCAACAUCAGCUAUUUUUGGCUCACAUUACAUGCAAGCUAAUCUUUACACGCAUUGCCAAGCUGAGGACUUGGAAUUGGCAAAGAUAUUGAUAAGACCAGGCAAGUUUUUCACAGAAGACAUGUCAAAGGAAGGGCUGUUGACACAAGAAAAGUAUGGGUCGGUAAAAAGAGUUUAUGUGGUGUGCCAAGAUGAUCUAGUCAUGGAAGAAGAAUUCCAAAUGUAUAAUAUACAGAAGAGCCCUCCUGAUGAAGUCAAAUUGAUUGCCGAAUCUGGCCAUAUGGUCAUGAUAUCCCAAGCUCAGAAGCUUUUCCUCAGUCUGCAGGAAAUUGCUAGCAAUAAUGAUCAUUGAAUUAAGUACAUAAAUAAAUAAAUGGCUUAAUAUAUCCGCAUGUAUAACCUCUUAAACUUGAAAGUAAAUUUCAUUUGAACACUCGAAUACAACUUGUUCUAAUUGAGCACAUGAAAACAGGAUAAGUGUUCCUAGUAGUAGUAGAUACUAACAUAUUUUGAAAAAACUUUUGCGCAUGAUCUCAAGUGUCCAUUACGUAGAUAAGUUAACCAUAUAAAAUAUGUCAUCCCUUUAAUUAUACACAUCAUCAUCAAU